AUGUUGCUGUGCUCCGUGGCCCUCAGCCUCAUCCUGCUGGGGGCUCCUGGCGCUGUGUGUGAGGUGCAGGAUGUUUGUGCUGGAAGCCCUGGCAUCCCUGGGUCCCAUGGCCUGCCAGGCAGAGAUGGGAGAGAUGGUGUCAAGGGAGAUCCGGGACCUCCAGGUCCCAUGGGCCCCCCUGGAGGAAUGCCAGGCCUUCCUGGGCGUGAUGGGCUGGUUGGAGCCCCUGGUAGUCCCGGAGAGCGCGGAGAGAAGGGAGAACCUGGCCCACGGGGCCCUCCAGGAUUUCCAGCAUUUUUAGAUGAGGAGCUGAAAACCACACUCCAUGAAUUCAGACACCAAAUCAUGCAGUCAAUGGGCGUCCUCAGUUUGCAGGGCUCCAUAGUGAUGGUGGGAGAGAAGAUCUUCUCCACCAAUGGGCAGUCGGUCAGUUUUGAGGCCAUUAGAGAGACAUGUGCCAGAGCGGGAGGCAGCAUUGCUGUCCCGAGGAAUGCAGAGGAGAACGAGGCCCUUGCCAGCAUAGUGAAGAAGCACAAUAUGUACACCUACCUGGGCCUGCAGGAGGGCUCCACGCCUGGAGACUUCUACUACCUGGAUGGGGCCCCUGUGAAUUACACCAGCUGGUACCCAGGGGAGCCGAGGGGUCAGGGCAAAGAGAAAUGUGUGGAGAUGUACACAGAUGGGCAGUGGAAUGACAAGAACUGCCGGCAGUACCGACUAGCCAUCUGUGAGUUCUGA